GUAUCUUCUAUUUUUUGUCAUGCGGCAGCGCUUUCAUUGCAUUCCGUUCUAAAACAUUCUUGUUUUUGCUAAUGAAAGGCGGAAGACGUACUGUAGCUGUAUGAAUGCAUGCAUACCGGCGAUUGUGCUGGGAAUAUUCGAACAGCACUUCUGAACUGAAAGCAUCUAUCUAUCUAAUUAUCGAUCGAUCUAUCUAUAUCUAGCUACCCAAGGUAUACCCAAGAGACUUAACCUUGAAAAUGAGAGUUGGCAGCAGCCUCAGCCGUGGUCGUCCAUACGCAUUGCCAUGGAUGGUGCUAUUCCUUGUCGGUUGCUGGCUUGGAGUACUGGAGACGCCCUUCUUGGUUGCUGCGGCAGAGGCUUCGGCAGUCCAAGAAUCAUCCCUUGAUGGCGAUGGCGAUGGAACCACGGUCAAGUGUGCCGAACUUUCUCUGCCUGCAAAGGAAGACAAAGGAACGAAAGAACGUGAGUUAGCUACGACCUUUUCCAUAAUCACCCAGCCCUCCUCCAAUAAUGCUACCUCCAACCCAAAUACAACAACUGAAACUACGGUGGUGGUACCGGUAGUCCACCCCACGAAUUUCCGUCGUGGCGUGCCGUUUCAAUUCCAACACAUUUUCUUUUUGGGUGGAGAUUGCGGCAAUGAAUUCAAUUGGUACAAACCCUUUAUCGAUGCGGGAAUGGAAACCCUGCACCACCGCCCCCAAAUCAUUUGUCCACCGGGAUACGAUUCUACCGAGGGUGUAAUAUGGUGGACCCGUGAAUUUCAUUUGGCUGCCCUGCAAAUGGUCGAAGAAAUUGCGGGAGAUGCCCUCAAUGAAACGCUCGUCAUUACCGUGGGAGUCGGAUUGGAAAGUGAUUGGACACCGGUGGCCAAUUUACUACGCAAGGGCAUGGCGUUUUUUCAUGCCAAGGAAGAUCCACUCGAUCGACGCGGUUUCAAUCUGACAGAACACCAUCUCACGGAUCCCAACGAGUUUCUCUACUUGUACUUUCAAUGGGACGAAUACAAGGUUGCGGAAAGCAAUGGCAAGGAACUCUGUAGCUUGUACAUGCUGAAUCAAACCGGGCCAGCCACGUUCAGACAGAAUUUUUGA